ACCCCCACCCCCCACGGGCUUGGAACCGACUCUAAAGUGAGCGUUUGGUGUCCGCUCGCAUUUCUAAAGAUUUUUUCGCAGUAUUGUGUGAUAAUGGGUAAAAGUUUAGCAGUAUUCUUUUUUCAAAUCUCAUUUGUACGUAAACACAGACAAGAUCAUAUAAAAAUACAUUAUUUAGAUUGUUGCGGGAGAAAGGAAAUAAGAGCUGCCGUUUUAAAUCGCAAUCUACGGGUGGUGUUGCUGUCCAGAUUUACGUGCAUUGUGGGUAGUGUAGUUCGUAGUGUGUGUGGUCAGGCAGUCCACCCGGAGCUGUUGUGCACUGUAAACCCUGAUAACGCGAGAACGAGUAAACGAGCGUCAUGUAUCGGUAACGAACAUGAAUUGUCAAUUGGGAGUCAAAGGAAUCGAUUAAACGAACCGACUCACACUGAAAAGAGUCAGAAUUCACGCUAAGCAGCCACACUACACUGCUCCUCGUACAAAGUCUCGCAGAAACAUCGCGAGAUUGGUGUCCCUUGGUAACGGUACAUCACACAGCUUACAUGGAGAGGUCUGAGCGACAAAAGCCUCAGCUUAUUGCCAACCAGCCGUACGACGAGACCCUGGACCUCAACGACUCAGAAGAGGUGUCCAGUUUGUACACACCUACUCCACGGCAAGCAGUCUUUAGGAACACAAGCCGACAUCAGCUGAAAAGCAUGGCCAAUAGUGGCAGUGAUGAGUUUGAAGAUGGUACCAAGUCAAAAAAGAAAGGGCCACCUGCUAGUCCACACGAAACGACUGAAAAUAAUGAUGAAGAGGAGGAGGAGGACGACGACGAUGAUUCUGAUGAAACAGAGUCAGAUGAAGAUGACGGGGAGCCAGGAUCAGCUCCAGAAGGGGCAUAUGAUCCGUCAGAUUAUGACCACCUUCGUGUCACAUCAGAUAUCAAAGAACUUUUCCAGUACAUCACACGAUACACACCACAGACCAUUGAAUUGGACCAUAAGCUGAAGCCUUUUAUUCCUGACUUCAUUCCAGCUGUCGGUGACAUUGAUGCUUUCCUCAAAGUUCCUCGUCCGGAUGGGAAGGUGGAUGGUCUGGGCUUGCUGGUGUUGGAUGAACCAUGUGCUAAGCAAUCUGACCCAACUGUGCUCUCCCUGUGGCUUUCUGAGAACAGUAAACAACACAAUGUCACUGAAGUGAAAGUGAAGAGUAUUGAGAACCCACAGAAGAACCCAAAAGCUAUAGAUAACUGGAUAGAAAGCAUUAGUGAACUACAUCGCUCCAAACCACCGGCUACAGUACAUUACACCAGACCCAUGCCAGACAUUGAUACCCUGAUGCAGGAAUGGCCACCUGAGUUUGAAGAGCUUUUGGGCAAGGUGAACCUCCCCACAGCAGAUAUUAAUUGUGACCUGGCAGAGUACAUUGACAUAAUUUGUGGUAUCUUGGACAUUCCAGUAUACAAGAACCGAAUCCAGUCUCUCCACGUCCUGUUCACACUUUAUUCUGAAUUCAAAAACUCCCAGCACUUUAAGAAUUCGACAGAGGGCCGCAAGUCCAACAUGUCGUCCAUUCAACAUAUUGCUACAACAGAAGCAGAGACACUCACACUAGAGUGAUUUUUUUGUCUGUCUCUUAUCCCCUCUCUCUAAAUCCCUCUCUCUCACACACACACCAGCAUAUAUGAAUUCACAAACUUUAUGAAAGACCUAAUGAGUCACUCCACCCCCACUCUUUCCUUUACUUCUGUAAGCAGUAUGUACCUCUCAAGUUUGUCAUUUUUUAUUAAGAAAAUCUCUGUAUAUAUUACAUUUCUACCAAAUGCAUGUAUAUCAUUUGUAUAUACAUGUUCUUUAUUCUGUGAUUUUGCAAUAAAGACUUUUCCCCCUCA